UGUAAGCAAUGGCGGGUGCGCGGUUUUCAGAUUGCGGCCAACGCUGUUCCUCUACUAUCUGUGCGUGUGGCGACAAGGGCAAGCGGAGCGACUCCUCGCUGUUGGGCAAGCGGCUCUCGGAAGGCUCGAGCCGCCACCAGCUACUGCAGAAGUGGGCGAGCACGUGGAGCUCCGUGGGCGGGGACGGGUCGGUGGCCUGCCUGGAAAAGAUGCGGCGCGAGGAGGCUGCUGAGCCGGCUGAGGAGGACAGGCCGCUGGUGUUUCUGUGCUCCGGCUGCCGGCGGCCCCUGGGCGACUCACUGAGCUGGGUGACGAGCCAGGAGGACACCAACUGCAUCUUGCUGCGCUGUGUUUCCUGUAAUGUUUCUGUGAAUAAGGAACAAAUAUUAUCCAAACGUAAGAAUGAACAUGGUUGCGUUCUGGAGGCUCUGUACUGCACCGGGUGCUCCCUCAGUCUCGGCUAUGUGUACAGAUGCACCCCCACGCACCUAGACUACAAGAGGGACCUGUUCUGCCUGAGUGUUGAAGCCAUUGAAAGUUACAGUUUAGGGUCCUCUGGAAAGCAGAUUGUGUCAGAAGAUAAAGAGCUUUUUAAUCUGGAAAGCAGAGCUGAAAUAGAAAAAUCUCUAGAGCAGAUGGAAGAUGUUUUGAAAGUAUUACAAACGAAGCUGUGGGAAGUUGAAUCAAAGUAUUCCUUUACUGGUUGUCAAAACUGAAAUCUCCAUGUCCCAUGUCCCCUGUUGGCCCCCAACCCCCAGCGGACAGCUCUGCCACACACAGCAGCUCCUGUUACCACUUCCAGUCACUCAGAAGGAAGGAUGGAGUUCUGCAUGGCUGCCUACGUGCUUUCUCUGGAGAGGAUGGUAGACCUGCUUUUCUGGGUAUUGUUGAUGCAAACAGAUGGUUAUUUCCUAAAUCCAAAUUCCAAAGCCAUUUUAUGAUACUUGCUGAAAUUGGAAUUUAGGAUUUUUUAUUUUGAUAAGAAAUGAUUGUUUGGAUUGUUUUCUCCUCUGUAUCAAAUUCAUUAUUCUUCAUUUCCUUUUUUUAACUUUAUUUCUCUUUGAAUACUUUGAACAAUAUUUAAUAUUGAAUAGUAAGAAAAUCUUAGAGGUUAUCCACAUCCACCCACUGUAUGGUGGAAUCUCUGAAAACUAAAGCAUUAAGCUCUCGGGUGAAACUGGUAGUUGAAAUACUUGUCAGAAGCAUUUCAAAACUUGAAUGAGAGCAGAAUAGCAUGUAUUAUAUAGUACUAGAAUUCUACUUGAUCCUGUUUAUUUACUAAUAUAUGCCAAAAAAAAUCUGGAGUAAUAUUUGCCAAAGAGAGUAGUUGUCAUCUCAGGAUGAGACUCUGGGGGAAUUUUCAGUUUUCCAAUUUUCUAUAAGAGUGUAUUAGUCAUUGUUAUCUUUAAAAUCAGCAAGAGAAUAAAGAUUAAAACAAA